ACGGUUGGUUAACUGCUGCGCAUGCGCACCGGCAAAUUAUCUCACGAUACGGCGAAAGAAAGCAUCGCGGAGCCAACUACGUCAUUCCAUUCAAUUCCAUUUUGGCAAUUGUUGGCGAUACCGUUAGGGUUCGAAAAUUCUCGGUAACGUACAAUGGGAUAAGGUAACCGAGAAACAUGCCGUUAGUUACCGAGAAUAUCGACAAUUUAUGAGAACGUUCAUUUUCUUAUUUAUACUUUAGGUUUCUUCGUUUAAAUAACGUUUCUUUUCUUUGGUUUAAAAUAUUCGUACAAAACUUUGCCAAAUCACUUAAGGGAAGUAAUUUACGUAAAAUACCUAACAAAUUACGCGAUAACGAUGGCGGGACUGAAACCUUACUUUUUCAAAGUGGGCAAAGUGUAUGUACGUCACUUGUGAAUAAACAUUUUAGUUAAAGAAAAAAGGAAUAAUGAAUAAUGGCAAGUAGGAGCAAACCAUUAAAAAGAUCUAAGCUUCGACGUUCCAGUUUUCCAUACAUUCCAUAGAAAAUUUUGAAUUUGAAGCAUAUCGGAAAUAGAAACUGCGGAAACAUUAAGUCUCGUAUUCAUGUAAUUUACGUAACGUAUAAACUUGUAAAGUAAAAUACCUAAAAAUGACUGUAAAAAAACUACGAAAAUUACCUAGGUUAUUUUACUUACCCAACCCUGAACGCGACGCGUUGGAAAACGUUCGAUCGCGUAUAUAAAUUGAUAAUAUCUACUUGUCCAAUAUAACGACCGAGCCCACGCAAAGGGGUACAUUGGACGCUUUCGGUGGGAAAUUCAAAAGAUCGAAGCAAGGCAGUCACCGAAAGAGGUAGAAAGAGUAAAAUGUACAUACCCCGAUUUUACGAUGAAUUCGCGUCGAUCGCUCUCGGUAGUUGGUUUUCGUUCUUGUUUUCUUAUCGUCGAAUUUCUGUAUUUCUCCCUCUCACCUCGGUGACGCUUGCUCCGGAGUCAGUGAAGUCUUGGCUAAAAACUCGCAAUUUUGCGUGACUUCUUCAAAGGAUAAAUUCUGCCCCGCCGAUCCUAACGAACUGUUGGAGGAAAGAUUUAUUUUGGAUGUCGAUAUUUAUUAAAAGUACAGUUUAUUCUAUAAACUAUGGAUGUAUUACAUCCACAAUUAGUUUGGGUCGAGGGACGUUGUUAUAGAUUUUUUGAGAGCGACGAGUGGUCAAAGUAUCGUGCUUCCGCAACUUAUGAAGAGGAGGAGUAUGAGCCCGAUAUUAAUUCUGCGGAUGAGUUUUGUAAUAACGAUAUCGAAAUAGUUCCCUUUGUAGGAGGCAAAUACAAGCAUUCUUUCUAUGUUGCAAGGCCUUUCCUUCCAUUUAUAAUUGGUGCUAAGGGUUCAAUGCGUAAAAAAAUAGAACAGGAAACAAAGACAACGCUGCGAAUUCCAAAAGUAGAAGAAGAUGGAGAUAUUGAGAUAGUCAGUUUUUAUCGAUCGGGAGUAAUUUCUGCUCGACAUCGUAUCGAUUUGCUGAUGACAUCAGUGAGAAAUAAAAUCCAUGUUACUCACUUUAUUUCUUUGCCACUAAACUGUUCUAAUAUAAUAAAAGGUUUCACUGAUUUUAAAGAUGAUGUUCUUAAUAACUGUGGAAAAAGUGCAAGAGGAAUUUGCCCAGAAUUAUUUCAAAGUCCUCAAAGAUUGCAUUUAACAAUGGUACUUUUACUGUUACUUGACGAUGCUGAACAAAAACGAGCAACUGAAAUUUUUGGUGCUUGUGUUCAGAAUGUAAUAAAACCCUUUUUGGAGAAAAGUGGACCAAUUAUUGUACAAAUACAGGGUAUAGAUUGUAUGAAUGACGAUCCUGCCAAUGUUAGAGUCUUAUAUGCAAAGGUACAUUCUGAGAAUGAAGCGCUAAACAAUUUAACUGGUGAAAUUAAAAAAUACUUCAUUGAAAACAGUAAUUUUGUCAAACAAGAUGACAGAGAUGAUCAGAAAGUAAAAUUGCAUAUGACUGUAAUGAAUACUAAGUAUAUAAAGGAUAAGGAUGAAGCUUUGAACAGUUUUGAUGCUAGUAAUAUAUUGAAGGUUCACAAGGAUACUUUAUUUGGAACUGUAACAUUGAAUACAAUUCAUUUGUCUGAACGUGGCAAAUCAUCGAAUGAUGAAUAUUAUCAUGCAACUGCAAAAGCAAAUUUAGGUAACGAAUAAUCUCAAGCCAUGGUAGCACCCGUUUUUAGACAUUGUACUUCAUGGUUAAAAAAACUCUACAAACUGGUGUCACAUGAUAUAGUAGUAGAUAUCAAAUAUAUACUGUACUAUUUUUUAUUUUUAAAUUAUGCAUCAAUUAUUUUCUCCAAUGGGAAUUAAAAACACAUUACAUGUAUUAACAAA